CCCGAGGUACCCGAAGAGCCUGGCACGCUGGGCGAUCUCAAUUGCCAUACCCGCCAAUUGCGGUGCCCAAGAGCCCCAAGCCCCAAGCUCACCAUAAAUUUUCUUCCGACCCACGCAAUGUCAGCAGCACGCCAUGCUUUUUUUCCACACCGGCGAUAUCUGUCCCGCAAUUGCUCCGGGAAUCGACUACUACCCCACCACCAUAGCAAAAUGUUUCUUGUGCCAGUGACUCCGAGAUCCUCCACUUGCAACAACAAACGCAAACACCAACACCGCUUCAUGUACAAACAGCCAGUGGUACUUUGAACUCGAUAAAUUUCACCACUUAUCAGCAUGCAAAGUCGGUCCCUCUAAACGAGUUUGCACACAUAUCCUGACAACAGAUUCGCUCCUUCAUCUCCGUCCUCAUCCACCUCGACGACGCAGUUUCUCUACCGCCUGAUCACACCUGAUCCUACGUCAAAAUGCCUGUGACUUUGGUUCUCGGCUCUCAAUGGGGCGACGAGGGCAAGGGAAAGCUUGUCGACAUCCUGGCCUCGUCGGCUCAAAUGGUGGCUCGCGCGGCUGGUGGGAACAAUGCAGGACACACCAUUGUCGUCAACGAUGUCACUUACGACUUUCACAUUCUCCCUUCUGGCCUGAUCAACCCCUCAUGUCAAGUCAACCUUAUUGGCACCGGUUGUGUUGUUCACAUCCCCAGUUUCUUCAAAGAGCUAGCUGCGUUGGAACAGAAGGGUCUCGAGGGUGUCCGCGAUCGCAUUCUCAUCUCUGAUCGGGCUCAUGUCUGUUUCGACCUGCACAGUGUCGUCGACGGCAUAGCUGAAGACUCGCGAAAGAAUAUUGAAGGCGGCAAAGGUGUAAUUGGCACAACGAGAAAAGGAAUUGGCCCGGCUUACAGCGACAAGGUCGCUCGCAAAGGAGUUCCCUUCUGGAUGUUGGUCAAUGAGCAACAACGAUGGAUUCAGCGCCUACGAGACCUAGACGCCGGAUAUCGAAAAUCAUACCCUGACGCACCAGCGCUGCAAGCGUAUUCGGUCGAAGACGAAAUCAACAAACUCCAGGGCCUUCGAGCCGAGCUCCAACGCUAUGUCGUAGACCAGACUCCUCUCCUUGCCCAGGCUGUCGGCACCAAAUCCUCCACCGCAUCCACAAUCGGCACCAACGGCACCCUCGCCCAGCAGACCCCUAACAUCCUCAUUGAAGGUGCCAACGCUCUUCUCCUCGACAUUGAUCACGGCACAUACCCAUAUGUGACGAGUUCAAAUACAGGCCUUGGUGGCGUCUUCACCGGUCUGGCCGGAUUGAGCCCGCAGUCUCUGUCGGCUCCUGGCUCCAACGUCGUCGGCGUCGUCAAGGCGUACACCACCCGUGUCGGUUCAGGUCCAUUUCCAACCGAAUUAGAUGAGGCUAUUUCGCCCGUCGACGCCGAUUAUGGCGAGCGGCUACAACGUAUCGGACGCGAGUUUGGUGUUACCACUGGCCGCAAACGACGCUGUGGCUGGUUCGACUUGGUACUUGUCCGUUACUCGGCGGCUGUCAACUGCUACACCCAGCUCAACCUGACCAAACUCGAUGUCCUGGAUGACUUUGACGAAAUCCGCGUCGCUACAGGCUACAAGGUUGAUGGAAACCUCCUGCCAUCCUUCCCUGCCGACCUGGAUGCCCUCGAAGGCGGCAAGAUCGAGAUGGUAUACAAGACCUUUAAAGGCUGGAAGACGCAGACCACGGGUAUCAAGACCUUUGCUGAGCUGCCCGUGCAAGCUCGCGAGUAUAUUGAAUACAUUGAGCGUGAGGUGAAUAUUCCUAUCAAGUGGAUUGGCACAGGUCCCAAGCGGUCCGACAUGAUUGUGCGAUAACGUCCCCAGCGUCUCCCAAACAACACGACGUUUCUUUUUCGGACGUUGCAUGCUUCAAAACAACCCAUAUCCGUGCAAGAGAAGGACAAAUAAAAACCAUUGGAGCAAAUGAAAUGAUUUUCGCGCCAUGUACUGGGUCGUUAGAUGGGUGGCCGGGUCUAGGUUGGCGUCAAAUGUGUUGGCGUUGUAGCAGCUUUGAUAGAGAAGAGCUGCGCUUCUUAUGAUACUCGGUACACCGUGCUAACACACUGUACGAGCACACAAAAAGUCCAUAGACUACUUAGAUCGAAUAUACCUCUAUGACUUCAAA